AUGGGGUUGGUUCAUCCUUAUCCUGCUUUACCCAACUUAGAGACUUUGGCUCUUCGUAAUCUAUUUUGUUUGGAAGAAAUAUGCCAUGGCCCAAUUCCAAUUCAUUCUUUUACCAAACUAAAAUCUGUUGAAGUCAAAGGUUGCCACAAGUUGACAAAUCUGUUAUGGUAUUCCCUUGUCAGAGACCUUCCUCAACUUCUUGAAAUAAAAAUUUCUGAUUGCAGAAUGAUUAAGGAAGUAAUAGUUUUUCAAAUAUCUGAGGUUGAUAUUGAAAUCAAAAAAAUUAUGUUCCCCAAGUUGCGCUCUCUUGAACUUGAGCAUUUGCCAAGUCUUAUUAGUUUCUGUUCCAUACCAUUGACAGCUGAUACACAGUGCAUACCUGUGGCACUAAUUGAUCAAAAGGUUGAGAUGCCUCACCUUGAACUCUUGAAGCUGUGUAAUAUCAAAUCUAGGAAGUUGUGGGAUGACAAUCUUCCAGGUCAUUCUUUCAUUCAAAACUUGACGAGUUUGACAAUUGACAAAUGUGUUAGCAUAGUGUAUACAUUCUCGUCCUCGGUGGCUAGAGAUCUUUUAAACUUGAAGCAUCUUGGGAUUAGUAAUUGCCAAUGGCUGGAGGAGAUAUUUCUCUCAGAUGGAAAGUUGGGCACUGUCUCCAACUCGGUUGUAUUUCCAAACUUGGAGACAUUGGAAAUCUCCCACAUGGAACACUUGAAGUCAUUAUGGCACAAUGAACUAGCUCCAAAUUCCUUCUGCAAACUGAAGAAGUUGAAAAUUCGAUCCUGCAAUAAACUAUCAAAUGUAUUUCCAUCUUAUGUGCUUGAUAAAUUACAGAAUCUGGAGAAACUGACUGUAACUGAUUGUCCUGUGCUAGAAGUUGAAUUCGAAACACAAAGUCUGCAAGUAGAAGGUGGUAGACAAACGAGGCUGGAAAUGCAAUUGGGAACUCUCAUUUUGGAAAAUUUACCAAAGCUAAAACACAUAUGGAGUGGGAAUCCUAAUGAAAGCUUCAAGUUUCAAAACCUUUGCAUACUGAAAGUUAUGCAUUGCGAAAGCCUUAAUCAUGUUUUUCCCCUCUCUUUGGCUAAAGAGCUUCAGCAUCUCCAAGCGAUUUACAUUAGAGUAUGUGGUGUAGAAAGCAUUGUAGCACGAGAUGAAAUGGUUGACACAAGUCCAAAACCGAUACUGAUUUUCCCAGAAUUAAAAUCUCUGAGGUUUCGAAAUUUGACACAACUUCAAAACUUCUACCCUGGAUUACAUACCUUGGAUUUUCCUGUUUUAAGAGAUGUGGAUGUGUUUCAUUGUGACAAGCUCGUACUAUUCGAGCCAAUGUCUCUAAACUACCAAGACAAUGUCACAGUUGAUAUAAUACCGCUUCUCUCAAUUGAAAAGGUUGUCUCGAAUACAAGUAAGCUUAUUCUGAAUUGCAAGGAUGUCACCGUGUUAUGCAAUGGUCAACUUAAUGAUGAGCCUAUCUACACAGUAAAAGAUCUUAGCCUACGAUGUUUUCAUGAUGUGUCAGGCAAAUUUCUAUCUGGUUUCCUGCAAAGAUUCAUCAAUCUUGAAAAUCUUGAGGUGACAUGUAGUUCUUUCACAGAGGUUUUGUUGAGUGAAAGCUUUGGCAUUGGACAUUCUGAAACAACUAUCAAGUUGAGAAGACUAGAACUUCGGUUAUUACCAAACCUCAAGUUUAUAUGUAGAGAGGGGCAGCUGGUUCUUCAAAAUAUGGAAUAUUUGUAUGUAUAUGUAUGCUCUACACUGAAGAAUAUAUUUCCAUCCUCAGUGGUAUUUGAGAAUUUACAGAAGUUGAAGGUGUCCAAUUGUGCUGGAUUGGAAAAUAUUUUGAAAUCAUCAACAGCUACCAGUUUACCAAAACUUAGAAAAUUAUGCAUAUAUGGUUGUGAAAAGAUAGAAGAAAUAGUUGCAAGUGAUGAUGAGAAUGAUGCUUCUGAGCUAGCUUUUAUGAAGUUGGAGACUCAGUUGUUGAGAAAGUUACCAAGGCUAAGAAGUUUUUGCAAGGGAAGACAUGACUUUAAAUUUCCACUACUGAAUAGGUUAUGGGUAGUAGAUUGUCCCAUGAUGGAAACUUUCUCAAAUGGUGUGUUGAAUGUACCAAGACUCAGAAGAGUACAUGUACAUCAGCAAGACUGGAAUGAAUGGCAUUGGAAUGGUGACAUUAACACUACUAUAAGAAAAUAUGUAUCAAAAAAUGGUAAUGUGUAA